AUGGGUAAAGGUGAGGACGUUGGAAUAAAUAAGAUUCUAGUAGAUGACGAAGUGGUAGUAAAUUUGAUGCUGCAUUUCAUGUUGAAGAAAAUAGGAAGAGGCGACACUGACACCAAGCCUCACAAUAUGGUGUUGUCAAGCUACGAGGGGAAGAUUGACACCACCAUGGGAGUGAUCCAAGUAGAUCUAACAGUUAGCACUAUUACAAGGCCAACUAUGUUCAUGUUCAUUGUGUCAAAAGCCAACUACAAUUUAAUCUUAGGGCGUGAGUGGAUCCACGACAUUGGAGCAGUCCCAUCUUUGCUCCAUCGAAGAAUUUCGAUUUAG